GUUGCAUCUCAGUGGUCACUUGUCAGGCCGUUCGUUCCUGUGUUUUGGGAGCGCUGGAAGCUGUUCCAUGUGUGAGUGUUUCUUUCAGCGUUACAACCUUUUAAUCUUCAUAGUUCAUUUAUUAAUGUGUCGUCCAGACCGAAAUGUUUCUUAUAAAACAUUGGAAAGAAUUAUAUUAACGUAUCACUAAUUUAUGAGUUAUGUCUAAUUAAGGACUGUUCGUGGCGUGCAAAUGUUCGACAUACUUAUUUUGUUUUCUGAUAAAUUCCUUUGGCUUGUAAUAAUCUACAGUUUCAUCUACAAAGUCUAUUCACCGCAUUCAUGUUUUGUCUCCUGGAGUUUGUAUACUGUACUGUGAUGUACUGUACUGUACUGUGAUGUACUGUACUGUACUGUGAUGUACUGUACUGUACUGUGAUGUACUGUACUGUACUGUGAUGUACUGUACUGUACUGUGAUGUACUGUACUGUACUGUGAUGUACUGUACUGUACUGUGAUGUACUGUACUGUACUGUGAUGUACUGUACUGUACUGUGAUGUACUGUACUGUACUGUGAUGUACUGUACUGUGUUGAGAUACACUUUAGUAUUCAUUCUGAAUACGUUUACAGGGCACUCACCUGCAGGAAUAACUCUGAAACUUUACGCCGACCCAAUCAUUGCCUUUUUUAUAGAAUUAAUUCCAAACAUUCAAAGUGAUACACGCUGUGCUAGGAAGAUGCUGAUGGAUGAUCGUCAUGAUUUCAAUCGCGUAUGGAAUGUUCGCUGGUUCUAAAUCAUAUAAAAGCUCUUAUUAUUUUUAUCAAGUUCGCAUAAACUUGAUGGUUUAAUUAAUAAAACAGGAUUACACGAAGGAUAAACGCGACCUAAAGGAAAACAGUACCACAACUUGAAAACGAAAACGCACUAUUAUGGUUAUUGAAUUGUUUCGAUUAAUUGCACAUUAAUACUAUGACUACAUUUACUGCGGUGAAUACAAAUGUCUUAUACAUUUUAAAAUAAAAGUUUUAAAUAUCCAAUCGCAGAAAAAGUGAAUGACUAGAUACAGACACAUUUUGGGGGAACAACAAACACUCAGAAAGUGUGAAGACCGAGAUCAAUAAUCAAUACGUGCAAUGUAAUCAAAGCAAAUUUUCAUUUUUGUUCAAAGCAAUAGGGGCAUAUUAUCUAUCUUAGCUUAAUUUUAGGCUCAUAACAUGCCAGGUUGAAAAGUUACCCGAAAAUCCUUUUUUUUUUUUUUUAAAUACUCAUGAUGUGACUCUGACAAUAUGCAACCAAAGCAUUAGUAAAUUUUAAAACUGACGUAUCUCUCAAAAAUCUUCAGUACAAAUUACGUUAUCUUGUGUGAUGCCACGCAUGAUUUUAACCACCCUUUAAUACAAACCACAUCUCUCUUCCAGAGACAAGUAAAUAAGCAUGGCAUCGGUGAAACUUUCCACCUGGGUUUUAACAGUAAGCCUAGUAUUUGGAUUGAAUUCUCCUAGUCAAUGUCAAAGCUACUCUCAAACCCAUUCAAUUUUCAAGGAUAAGUUAGCCUCUUCGACCUACCACACAGAGAUAAGACCGCUGCUUAACCAGUCAAAGGUCAUUGGAGUGGUAGCUCAUUUUGAACUUUUGUCUAUCGUUGAGAUCAAUGACGUAGCUCAGAGUUUUACCGUCAUUGGUUUCCUUGUCACAGGCUGGAAAGAUGAGGUACGAAUUGAUUCCUUUUAUUUUCAAUUAAUGGUAUAGACGGAAAAACAUAUUUUUCAAUCAACUUGAUUUUAGUUAAUAGAUUCAAUACAUACAUUUUAAAUUGGUUGCUCCAUACGUUGACGAAAAAAAUAUGUAUAUUAUUUAUAGGCGACCAGAUAAAGUAUAACUCAGCAAAAUUCAACCUUCUAUAUUCGUGCCAUUUACAAAAAUUGCAACACAUGUCAUUUACACGAUUGUUGCACAUGUCAUAUACACGAUUGCUACACAUGUCAUAUAUACGAUUAUUACAAACGUCAUUUAAACGGUUGUUACAAAUGUCAUGUUAUUAUUAUUAUAAGUGGUUUAAAUAGCAUGGUACCCCAGCCUAGAGCUGGGCUGACCGUGCUGUACAUACAAUUUAACAAACAUCAUCAAUUGUUACACAUGUCAUAUGAACGAUUGUUACACACGUCACACACACGAUUGUCACACAUGUAUACACAAGUAUAAAUCAAGCAUAAACAAUUCAUGUCAAGUGAGCAGUUCAAAGAAGACCUUGUGAAACAUAAGUGAAACAAAAUGCGUUUUGAAAAACUGCAGUCCAUAAAAAAGACAGCGAACUAUAACAUGAAAACUAUAACAUCGCCUCAUGCCUGUUAAAGCCAUCCAUACUGUAAUAUUUAUUUGACAAUUUCUGGACUAAACCAACUAUGUUUAAGAGUAGGGGAUCUACUGCAUGAAAAAUCACACUCUCUUUUUGGGCCCGAUAUAACGCUAUGCUAUGGUCCAAAAUACUGCAACAGUAUGGUUUUCAUGUGUAGUACUUUGGUGGUAUUUUGUAUGAACUGUAAUAGUUGGUCUACCUGUUGCUACCCCACUUUGGAAGCCACCUUGGUGUAUCGGAAUGCCUUGGUUCGUGCCAAGAACCAAUACAACUUCGCUUCUGCUAUCGUUUCCACAUUUUUAAUUCACAGAAACUGAGGAAAAUCGAUGGCUAGCUCGUCGUUAGUUCACUUGGUUUUUCAUCUUUGGGAUUUGCGACAAUUGUUGCCUGUUUCCACGCUUUUGACCGGAUGCCUGGCGUCCAAAUUUUGUUGAUAACGUCUUAAAGAGCAUGUCUCGCUUUGCUCAUGACUGAGCAUCUCGUUGGAGACCCUAUAAGGUCCUGUUGGUUUUCCUGUUUGCAAUUACCUAGAGCCGUAUGCGAUUCGGCCAUUGAAAUGGGGCAGUGAAAACCUGAAGUCGAGGCCCACGCUGUGGGCACUUGCUCCUGCCUUGAGCGAGUGCCUGAUGGUCCACCUGUCUUUGGUGUAACUUUUUUUUGCUUGCCUCAGUAAAAUAUUUAUUUAGCGCAAUUGCGCUCUUGGUACAGCCAAUCUCUGUGCCGUGUGGUGUUUCCAAUCAGUGUACAUUUUUUGGCUAGGUGGCCGAUCUGUCAAGACUCUGUGUCAAACUCAAACCAGUGGACUUGAGUACAUUCCUCAGAAAACGCCUAGACAUAAAUAUAACUCUUGUCCCGGUUGAACUGGGCUCCUUUACUUCGAAUAGCAACUCAUCUAAGAGAAGGCAAAAUCUGAAAUAAAACCCAGAGAAGACACAAGGCGCACUGCUGCUCAUCAACUGCAUCCUGGCCUAUUUUAUGUCAUUUUGAAAGAGUCUUGCCAUCGGAUGAAAUAGGCAAGAACGAGAGUAUGAUGCUGACGAAUGGAGAACCUCUGCCUCACUUUAAAAAAAAAUACAACUCAAGUCAACGCUUUUACGCCAGUCGAAAUUUAAAUUAGGUCAUAAAAAAACAACACAUUUUUAGAUUACCCAUGCCAGAGACAUUGUCAAGCAAUUGCCAGACCGUCCGAAAGGUUUAAUUUUCUUACAGACACUAACCCACUUGGACAGUUUCAUCUUGAGCUUUUCUUGUGGACUUGGGUUUUCAAUCGAUCAGACGUCCCUCUGAGUUGUUGGUGUUUUCUUUUUGAUCUCUUUCUUACAUGCUUUUUGCCGUUUCUUCCAACCAACGCUUUCACAUUUUUUUUUUUUUACCAUUACGGUUCUAAAGGUUUGUCUUCCAUUUAUCUUUUACGACAACGGUAAUCUUGCCAACGAAGAUGUCAUCCUCUAAAUUUAUAUAAUUUAGCUUUUGGUUACGGUUUGUUACUUUUGUCUAUUCGCUUUCAUGAAACUGCCAAUGCAUUUUCUGGAAGCGGGUCACUGUGGUACCUAGCUACAUUCUAAGGAGUAUUGUUACCUUGUCGCUACCCACCAGAUUAAGAUUAGCAUCAGAUCUGGCCAAGGUCCCGUACUAUGUCCCAUGUGGGGCAGUGUAGUCUAACUGUUCUCGUCUUGUAGCCGGAUAAGGUUGGUAGAAAGAUAAACCUCCACGUAACGUCAUAACGCAUUGCGUUAAGGGUAGCUCCAAUCGGGUGAUUCAGCAUUGAAAUCACCGGCUAUUGUGUUGUUUUUUUUUAAGACAGCAUUUUUUCCUAUAGACUUACUGGGUUUGUUAUAGAUAUUAAUAAUAAUAAAAUUUUGUUAAUUCUUUUUUUUUAAAGCUCUUAUUCUGAGGGAGUCAGUGAUGUUCUAAGACUUUUCAUCGACAAUCUCUAUAGGGAGAUCGUUUAGACAGCUGAGCACAUUGAAAAACUUCCUUUUAAGCAGAGUUUCUUGGAAAAGUGCUACGUUGAGCACCAUGGUACUUUCCACUCCUUUUGUCUGAUACCACAGACAUCCCACUGUACAACUCUUGGGUGGUAGGGGUCUUUCAGUCUUCGCGGGUAACUGCCAGAAUUUUCAAUUUAGACUGUGAGUACUUCACUGAGCGCUACAAGUCAGGCAGCACCAGGCAGUGGUGGAAACGUUGCAUCACUUUGCUGCAUGAGAAAAAGUUGAUUCUUCAUAAAUAUAUUGUCCAGGCUAACCAAAAUUACACCAUAUUAUAAAAUAAAUGACAACUAUAUUUAAAUAGACAUAUUUUCACAUUAAAUUUAUUAUAGAAAGGAAAUGAUCUCGGUUAUAUGCUAUGCUAACACAGGUCAUUGCCUGGGACCCAGCUAAGUACGGUGGACAAUUCCUCAUCAAUCCUUUGCCUGAACAAAUCUGGAGACCUCGCCUUAUCCUCAUGAAUACCUUGGGAGCAAUAGAUCCCUUUAAUGACGACAAGGCGUAAGUUGGAUUUGAAUAGUUUUAUCAAUUUAUUUUAUAUUUCACUUUUUAUUUUUUUAAAUAUCUUAAGAAGGAAGAUAUCACAAGAUCAUUAAGAUAGCAUAAUGUUUUCGAAGAAUCAAACUUAUUCUGUUAAAAUAUUAUUUCAUUUACGUAUUUAAGAGUAGAACUUUGAAAUAUCAAAAACUAGGAUGCAUUUUUUUAUCAUCUAGUCCAAGUGAUACAAAAACGAGUUAUCCUCUCAAUUUAUAAAAGAUAUGCCGUCAUUUUAAAACUAGUCCUACAGACAAUCCUACACACUACUUCCGGCCUUUAAACAGUAGUCCUAAAAACAUUCUUCACCCUGCCUGCCGGCCUUUAAAUAAUAGUCCUACAAACAUUCUUCACCGUGCCUGCAGGCCUUUAAACAAUAGUCCUACAGACAUUCUUCACCCUCCUGCCGGCCUUUAAACAAUAGUCCUACAGACAUUCUUCACCCUCCUGCCGGCCUUUAAAUAAUAGUCCUACAGACAUUCUUAACCCUCCUGCCGGCCUUUAAACAAUAGUCCUACAGACAUUCUUCACCCUCCUGCCGGCCUUUAAACAAUAGUCCUACAGAAAUUCUUCACCCUGCCUGCCGGCAUUUAAAUAAUAGUCCUACAGACAUUCUUCACCCUGCUUCCGGCCUUUAAACAAUAGUCCUACAGACAUUCUUCACCAUACCUUCCGGCCUUUAAACAAUAGUCCUACAGACAUUCUUCACCCUACCUGCCGGCCUUUAAACAAUAGUCCUAUAGACAUUCUUCACCAUACCUUCCGGCCUUUAAACAAUAGUCCUACAGACAUUCGUCACCCUGCCUGCCGGCCUUUAAACAAUAGUCCUACAGACAUUCUUCACCCUAAUUCCGGCCUUUAAACAAUGGUCCUACAGACAUUCUUCACCAUACCUUCCGGCCUUUAAACAAUAGUCCUACAGACAUUCUUCACCCUCCUGCCGGCCUUUAAACAAUAGUCCUACAGACAUUCUUCACCAUAUCUUCCGGCCUUUAAACAAUAGUCCUACAGACAUUCUUCACCCUGCCUUCCGGCCUUUAAAUAAUAGUCCUACAGACAUUCUUCACCCUACUUCCGGCCUUUAAACAAUAGUCCUACAGACAUUCUUCAGCAUACCUUCCGGCCUUUAAACAAUGGUACUACAGACAUUCUUCACCCUGCCUGCCGGCCUUUAAAUAAUAGUCCUACAGACAUUCUGCACCCUACUUCCGGCCUUUAAACAAUAGUCCUACAGACAUUCUUCACCAUACCUUCCGGCCUUUAAACAAUAGUCCUACGACAUUCUUCACCCUGCCUUCCGGCCUUUAAACAAUAGUCCUACAGACAUUCUUCACCCUGCCUGCCGGCCUUUAAACAAUAGUCCUACAAACAGUCUUCACCCUGCCUGCCGGCCUUUAAACAAUAGUCCUACAAACAUUCUUCAGCAUACCUUCCGGCCUUUAAACAAUAGUCCUACAGACAUUCUUCACCCUGCCUGCCGGCCUUUAAACAAUAGUCCUACAAACAUUCUUCACCCUGCCUGCCGGCCUUUAAACAAUAGUCCUACAGACAUUCUUCACCCUGCCUGCCGGCCUUUAAAUAAUAGUCCUACAGACAUUCUUAACCCUGCCUGCCGGCCCUUAAAUAACAGACCUACAAACAGUCUUCACCAUACCUUCCGGCCUAUAGAAUAGUCCUACAGACAUUCUUCACCCUACCUUGGGGCGUUUACUGUUAUUAAAAUUACGUGGUUUUGUAUGGUGUGGUACUCAAGCCUGGGACUGGACUCACCACGCUGUACAUACAAUGUAACAAACAUAAUCACGAACUGAAGAAAAUUAAUUAACAUACAUUAAUUAAAUUAAAAAAAAAACAAAUGUAUAUUUAAAACUAUUAACAUGUCAAGCCAUGGGCGACACCCAGCAGCAUCGUUUUUCAGUCAGAGGGGGAAAGAUUUGUUUUGAGUGCACUUUUGGAGGCUGUGUUGAUCGGUAUAUUGCGGAUGUGUAAUGGAAGAGAAUUCCAUUGUUUGGGUGCAAUGAAAGAGAACCUGUGGAGCUGGGGGGGGGGGGGGGUGGUUUUGAAGAGGAAGCAGGCCAAACCAAAAGCAAAAUAUAGACAUAAGAGAUACAUCAGUAUUGAGAUUUCAUUUGUUAUUGCAUUAACAUGAAUGAAUUAAAAUGUAGUCGUUGCACGGUUGUAUAAUCCUUUAAACAAAUAACUAAUUUUCUCUGUGUUGUUUUAUUACUCUUACUUCUAGUUACCUUACUCGUGGACUUCAAUGCUAGAGUUUAAGGAUAACUGUAAUAUGGUGUCAAGAAAAAAAAAAAAAGCUGUUUUGAAAUUUUAAUGUAGUUUUUUUUCAACAGUCCCGUGUCUGUGUUCAGCAAUGGUGAAACGUACUGGACAGCGGGCAGUCUCUUCUCCUCCUCGUGUCAGCUUCAUCUGACCCAUUAUCCAUUUGAUACGCAGACGUGUGAAGUUAAGGUUGGUACAAACAAAUAUCUACUUGAUUUUAAAUUUAGCUCAACUGUUUUCUUCAUUCGCCCAGUUGGGCACCCUAAACCACAGAAUUUGUUUUCGCGGCAGACCUAAUGUUGCCUACUGUAUUCAGUACGGAGAAAUUAAUCUCUUAUUCAAGUGUAAGGCUCGUUCUAAAACUGUAGAUUGCAAAAUACGAUUUCAUAUGUUAAAUACAAUAGCAAGGAAUACGAUACUCAAACCAGGGCUAAUUACACUUAACACAUUUUAUUAUGCUAAUUAUUAUUUACAAAAUCAAAAAUAAAUAAAGCAAAAACUAUUGACUUACAGAAAAAUGAUUGGAUUGUACAGGUAUAAUUUUGAAGACGAUAUAAUGUUUUUAAAAGGGUAAAGGGGUGUUAAGGAAUCUACACACACACAAUAAACAAAUGUCUGACUCGUAGCAAAGCAAAAAUAGCAUACGCUCAAAAUAUUUCUCGUCUGAUCUUCCUCACAAUCUCUCUAGGCGUUUAUUUAGCCUGUUUCAUAGAUAAUAAUAAUAAUAAGAGGUCUUAUAUAGCGCGGUACCCCAGCCUAGGGCUGGGCUCACCGCGCUGUACAUAAAAAUUUUAUCAAAAGAGACAUAAUCAUGACAUUUAAAUAAAAUAAUUUAUGAAAUAAAGAACAGCAAUGGAUAUUGACCCACCCCACCCCAUAAAUGUUACAAGGCAAACCAUGGACGGCAGCCAGCAAGAUCGUUUAUCAGUCAGAGGAUGGGAAUCAGUCAGGGUUAGUAUACUUCUCGAACGGACUACGCAUUGUAUUCCUUUCUCGAUAUGUCUACAUAAAUCUACAAAAUUCGAAUGGCAAUACAGACCAUAGAUUUUAGUUAGUUGUUAUCGAGGUCAAAGGAGACUAUUUUUAGUUAGCAACACCCUUAUAGUGUUGCCGAACUUGGGGUCAGCUGAAGUUCAUUCACCAGAAAAGAUGAUGAAAGUAAAGGAGACGCCUUUAACAUCUAAUAUAAAAUUUUAAUGCAUAUACAUCAAUUUGUGUCUAUGUUUGUCUGUUUUGUGUGUGCAUAAAGAUGAAAGAUUGCUGCAGUUUGUUUCUCGCAUGGAAGAGAACCUUAUCAGCCCAUUCCCAGAUCUUCUUCUUCUAAAUAUUAAGGGCCCACAAUCAAUGUAAUGAUCGUUCUGGCUCCUUCGAUAUAAAGGGGAUUCACGAUGUUUUGUUCCUGUUUUUUUGAAGAUGAUAUUUCACUGGUUGCAAGGGGUUACUCAGCGAAGGGAUCACGAACUGGUGUUUGGACGGCCUGGGGCAAUAGACGCAAAUGUGUCAAGUUUGGUCGCCUCGACUGUUCCUAUUGGAAGCUUGUUCCGGUCCCUGAUAUUCUUUAUCAGGAAUGAGUUGUUCAUGUACUGUGAUAGUCCUGUUAUAAGGCAAAACUGCCUGCGAUGGCAUCGUCACUGUCUAGUGGGGAGAGGGGCGAGAUUCUUUGUGAUGCUGGAGCAGUGGACCAGCCCAUUUUUAAUCUCGUACAUCGUGGAGAGCUUGGAUAAUUGUCGUCGUUCCUCCAGGGAUGACCAGCCCAGUGUUUGCAGCAUGCUGCCAACGCUAGACGUAUUCCUGUAGCGGUUCAAGGCAAAGGCAGCUCUCUAGGUUUAUUUAGAUUUCGGUAACAUAAGAUAAAAUAAACGUUAAAACCAAAGCUGAAAUGAGAUAUUUGAAUUAUUUUCCUUGUUUCUAAGGCUUUAAAAAUAAAUUGAAACACAUUUUUGGGUUAUCUCAUGUCAUAUGAGCAUUUUAUACACUUUACUAUCUUGAUUAAAAUGUUAGCGGGUGGUGACCACUGUUUUCUCCUACUAAAAGGUUGAGCCACAGCGGUCACAAUUUCAUAGACGAUUGGCUUUUAUUGCAAUGUGGGUUUAGGCAGUAGGGGGCAAAAGGGAAAGAUCGUGUUAAAGGGAAAAAUUGUGUAGGUGGUAGAUGAGGUGAGUUAGAGGCAUUUGUUUUGGAAAAUGGGAGAUUUUAAAUUUUUUUUUUCUAUUUUUUUAAUUUUUUUUUUAAGGGAAUGAGACUAUUAGGAGCUAAACAUAUACACAAUGACGACCGAUUAUUUCGGUUUGGUUUGAUCUAGUCAAUAAGUUUUUAUGAAGGACAUUUGUGUCAUGUAGAAUAUUUUUUUGUACCUGGAUUCCAAACGAAACGAACCAAUUCUUAUUCCACCAAACAGCUGUUUGCAAUGAAAUACAACGAAGACGAACUGAAGUUCUUCGCCACGCGACCUAAUGUGUCCCUGACUUACUUCACCGCACAUGGCGAGUGGAACUUAGAAGCCACAGAGCUAAAUAUCGGUACUCUAAAAAGUGGAAAGUCGAGUAUAUCAACUAUUGAGGUUAGUAGAACGUGCAGCAAUUUUGUUCUCAAGUUAUGUUAGACUGUUGUGUUGAAAGGCUUUUAGUUUAACAUUUAAACCUAAACGAGAUAAAGGUCUUGAGUUUUAUGUUUGUUCCCAGUGUCAUUUUUUCAAUGAGCUUGUUUGUGAAGACAUGUGGCCAUCAUAAAUAUGUGCGUUCGAUAUGAAGUAAGUCAAUUUCCUAGUAGCAAAAUUUUUCUAUUAAUAAUUAAUACUAUGUUUACGAUCGAACUUCGUCUUUAAACUUGACAGUGUGGGGAAAUGACUUUGAUUGGUGCGUGUGUGGUGACAACUCUCGCACAAGACCAAUGAAGUUAAUGUUUGCGUUCUAAGAGGAGUUCAAAUAUAUAUUGAGAUUUAAGAACCAGCUUGAUUUCAUCACAAAGGCCUAUUCUACGAUGAUUCUUUCCCAGAAAGAAAUUUGUGUACGCAAUUGACAUAAAGUUGGCGUGUCCUCAUUUUCAGAAUGUAGCAAUACCGCGCCUAGGCCAAAGCAACUGGCGCUAGUUCGCACAGUGAAAGAUUUAGACUGAUUCGGAAAGCAUAAAGCUGGCUGGGCAGUAAGGAACUCUUUAAGGUUCCGGAAAGUGAUUUCACAAUCUUCAUUCCAGAUAACCUUUUCUAGCAGAUACUUAUUUGUCGGGAUUGAAAUUGCCCAGCGAUCAAGAAUAAUCUCUGUAUGAAUUUCUGAUAACAUCAAAAGAAAUUCCUUGGAACGAACGAAUAUUUGACUUGAUCCACGGCCAUGGUGCUUCACCAUUAUGAUUUUCUGAUCACCUGGCAUGUUUAAGUUUCUCUGAUCAUGUGACGAGGAACUUUAAUCGUGUAAAUCUUAUCAGGCACUUGGGUGGUCUUCCAGAUGAUACAUUCUUAAGCAGACAUGUGAGUAUCAGAAUGAGAAUUUCCAAGAGUUCCCUGACAGGCGUAUAUAGCUAUUAAAAUGUCAUCAAUGAAAUUUUAAAAAAAACCAACAUGGUCGGCUUAUCGAUUUAGGCUGUUUUCGUAUCAUGCGAGUAAAUACGAUAGAGGCGUUGUGGUGUCCAAAACGAACCUUUAAAUCUUCACAAUGAUCUUGAUGAGUGCUGAAUGAUAGUAGUCGUCGACAACUUUGUUCCACUUCCACGAGGCUUAAAACUGCAUUGUGAGCAAAGUGAAGAUCAUCUCCCAAAACGCUUUCUUUGCUGUCGGUUUACUGUAGUGCAGAUUUGAUUGGUGCUCGGCCUCUGGAUCUGGGCAAUGUAAUAUUGAGCUGUCCAUGUGAGAAGGCUGAAGAAUGUAUAUCUCCACCGACGAUAUCCAAUGUUUCUCCUCGUGAUUUGUUUAUUGUUAUUGCAUAAGCCGGAAAUAUUGAGCAUUAUCGAUGCUUAAAAUUAACGACACUAUCGAUACAUGAAACCAAAACGAUUCUCCGAAAGAAAACAAACAAACAUAGAGUUAUUUUAUGAAAAUAUUAGAGUUGUCAUAAACUUGCGAUAUGGCUACUUUAAGUCCAUGCUAGUUCUGAUGUGCAGUCCUUUAUUUUGAUGCCGGUUACAAAGCACCAUCAUUAGAACUCCAGGAUUUCCGCGUUGGGGGCAUUCAUGAUGGGUUUUUUCUUAAACUUCAGGAACUCUGAUGGAGAGUUCUGAAAUCUGAAGAUCCCAAUGGUUUUCUGAGAAAUGAGAAUGAAAACGGUAACAGAUUUUGUCAUUUCUUUUAUUCCUUUCUGUGAUCAUGAUUCAUCUAACGAUCUCAUUACAAAGAUUUAAAGAAAAAACAUGAUCACACCUCUUUGAACGACACACUAACCUACGUAAAACAGGAUUAUUGGAUUUAUAUACAGUAUUAUAUAUAUAUCUAGGCUGAUCAUGUCUUUCUGGUGUGUCAAGCUAAUAAAGACUACACGUAAUGGAAGAAAGAAAAACCAAAUAAUAAUUGUAUAUUUCUUUUUAUGUGUGUGUUGUUGUUAGAAUGAUAAUUAAAUCUACUUUUCUUUAGCAUAAAUCUCCAAAAAUUUCUAUGUCAAGUACUUGAUCUACAUUUUAGACUAUGAAAUGCUUUUUCAUCAUCUUCUCCGUAUUGCUAGUUGAAAUUUUACCUCAGAAGACGACCCAGUUUCCUCCUCCUCACCAUCGUGUUACCUGUGGUGUUUCUCUCAUUCCUCAACAUCCUUGUAUUCAUCAUUCCGGUGGAAUCUGGAGAAAAAAUCACCUAUGGUGAGAAAUUAAUUAUUGUUCACCUAAAAUAAUUACAAUAGGUGAAAUUGAUCCUUUAAAAUAAUCCAUUGAAUGUUCAAAUUUUCCUCUUGAUUUAAUUAUCUCUAUAUGGGAAUAUUAAAAAAAAUUGUUAUAAUAUGUUUUGUUUUACAUAUCUAAAAUUAUGCGAUAUCUGUGUAUAAACUGGUAAGGACUAAAUUUAUUUUUGUUAGUCAAUUGAAAUCACACUAUAAAAUACCCACUGUUUUCCGAAUAGCUGAACUGAUAUUUUUUAAGUAAGGAUUUGCCUUCCUGAGUUUACAAGGUUUGACCUGUCUUAAUUUGCUAGAAUUGAACAGUCGUUAUUUUCUAGGAUUGACCUGUGUUAAUUUGGUAGGAUUGAUUUGUCUUAAUUUGCUGGUAUUGAUCUGCCUUUAUUUUCUAGGAUUGACUUGUCUUAAUUUGCUGGUAUUGAUCUGUCUUGAAUUGCUAGGAUUGAAUUGUCUUAAUUUGGUGGUAUUCAUCUGCCUUAAUUUGCUAGGAUUGACUUGUCUUAAUUAGCUACUUUGAUCUGCUUUAAUUUACUAGGAUUAACUUGUCUUAAUUUGGUGGUAUUGAUCUGCCUUAAAUUGCUAGGAUUGAAUUGUCUUAAUUUGGUGGUAUUGAUCUGCUUUAAUUAGCUAGGAUUGAAUUGUCUUAAUUUGGUGGUAUUGAUCUGCCUUAAAUCGCUAGGAUUGAAUUGUUUUAAUUUGGUGGUAUUGAUCUGCCUUAAUUAGCUAGGAUUGAAUUGUCUUAAUUUGGUGGUAUUGAUCUGCCUUAAUCUGCUAGGAUUGAAUUGUCUUAAUUUGGUGGUAUUGAUCUGCCUUAAUCUGCUAGGAUUGAAUUGUCUUAAUUUGGUGGUAUUGAUCUGCCUUAAAUUGCUAGGAUUGAAUUGUCUUAAUUUGGUGGUAUUGAUCUGCCUUAAAUUGCUAGGAUUGAAUUGUCUUAAUUUGGUGGUAUUGAUCUGCCUUAAAUUGCUAGGAUUGAAUUGUCUUAAUUUGGUGGUAUUGAUUUGCCUUAAUUUGCUAGGAUUGAAUUGUCUUAAUUUGGUGGUAUUGAUCUGCCUUAAAUUGCUAGGAUUGAAUUGUCUUAAUUUGCUGGUAUUGAUCUGCCUUAAAUUGCUACCACACUAUCAUACUUGUUUGUUAUCCCACGACGUUUCAAUCCAUUCCAGUGAUAUAAAAUGCAAUACUAACAUCAGGCCCCCAGGGAUGGUAAUUUUAUCGCAUUUUUUUUACACGUAGGAAGGAAAACUCUCCUAAAUAUUGAAUGCCAUGUUACAAUGUUGCCAAUAAAUUGAACGGUCUCACAUCAUUUUUACAGCUCAUAUUUGUCUUCUUAUUAUUAUCACAGAUAUCAAGAUACGUUUGCAAAUCACCUCUAAAAUAUUUUUUGCAUUUAAAUGUAUGUGUGUGUGUAAUGCAGCUCUGAUAAUAAAUCCUCUAAAGACAUCUUUAGAUUUUUUGAUGUUCUAUUUGAAACAUCCCCAGGGAUCACCGUCCUGCUGGCUUUGUCAGUUUACAUGAGCAUAGUGAGUGGCUUGUUGCCCAGGUCGUCUUUAACUCUUCCAAACGUCACCAUUUACCUCUUCAUCUUACUUUCUAUGUCAAUGCUCUCGGUCAUCGACAGUAUCGUCUUUGUCCUUCUACACAACAGGGAAGAAGUAAGCUCAAAAUAUUUUUAUUCUAAAAUAACUGCCAUGUGCUUACGUUCUUUCAGAAUUCAAAACAGUUUCUAGUUAAAAGGGUUAUCCCUAGUAGUGCAUUGAAAUGAAAUGUAUAUUUAAAUUUUUACAAAAAAUUAAUUAUGUAACAGAUAGCAACAGUUAUUAACAUUAGCGAUGUUAUCUAAAAUUUAACCAACAUCAAUAAAUUAAUAACUCAUUAUGUACAAACUUCUGAGAAAUCCCUUUAUUCUUGAUCAAAACGUAUUGUAAAUACAGUCUUAAAGCACUGUGAUUUUAACUGGGAAGAUUAUAUCGCAAAACAAAAAUGCGUACAAUUUAGAUAACGAAUCCUUUAAAAAGAUAUAUUCAAAGCUCUCACGCCAUUUUUUAAAAUCUUCUUUCUCCAAGAAAGCUGAACGUGCGUUGACUAAAGUAGCCACAACUCAGCAAGCAGUUUCUCCAACGGACCAUCUAAACAUUGACAACAAGGGGGAGCUUAACAAAAACGCCUCAACGUUGAAUGCAUCCACAGGACAACUCGAUCACGUGCAUCCCGAAAAAACAAAAGAUGGAGACGUUUGUCCCCAGGAAGCUCCACAGAGAAUCAACAAAUACAAACGGAUAGGAAAACACAUUGAUGUCGUGUCUUUUGUUGUAUUUCUUGUCUUCUGGCUGGUCACAACACUGGGGUUCACGUUGCCGAUGGCACUUCAGUAAUCUUGUUGAGGAUUCAAGUGUACAGAUAUUUUUUUUUUUAUGUUCCCAUCAUUGCUGGUGUCACCAAAAAGUAAACUGCGUCGUUACACUGACGUUCAAAUCAUCUUAAUAUUAUAGAUAGCUGUAAUUAUUGGACCCUUUGGUGCAAGUCCCCUUAAAGACAUGGGGGGGGGGGGCGGUAGAGACGUUACCACUUUUGCCUUUAGGUAAACCUGCAGUCACUUGUAAAGUUUGGGAAGAAAACUACGGACAUUGCUGGUGUCACCAAAAAGUAAACUGCGUCGUUACACUGACGUUCAAAUCAUCUUAAUAUUAUAGAUAGCUGUAAUUAUUGGACCCUUUGGUGCAAGUCCCCUUAAAGACAUGGGGGGGGGGGCGGUAGAGACGUUACCACUUUUGCCUUUAGGUAAACCUGCAGUCACUUGUAAAGGUUGUGAAGAAAACUACGGGGAUGUCCAUCUAUGACACGUCAGCAGACACGUUUCCGUUGAACUCUACCUGCAAGGAAAGAAAGGAAAAAAAACAUUACUUCCUUUAAAAAGAUUUUAAAACAAUCAACACUUUUAUCCCCUUAAAGAUAUUAUAUCAUGUUGCAUCACUUAGCGGGUAGAAAAAUUUUAUACAAACUUAUAGAGUUCAAUAAUUGGCUAAGUUGGAUUCUCUGGAAGAAAAAUGGUGGGUGAAAAGAAUUGUAAAUAUUAUACAAUUAGUCUUAAUUAGGCAUUUUAGCAGCUGUAUGUGAUAGAAAUAUUUAGCGAUUUGUUGUUAGUUGUUAGCCUCUUGUUAGUUUUGUUUUUCAGGUUUGGAUGGCUGGAACGAUCUUACGCGCGCCUUCAUGUUGUACGCUGAAAAGCAGAUAAUAAAAGGAUU